GGUGGUACGCAGCUAGCGACAAUGGGGCAAUGCCGGGCAGGCGCGGCGGUGGCAGCGGUAACGCUGUGGUGGCUUACCGGGUGCGCCGGGGCGGUGUGGCUGGAGCUGGCGACCACGGCGAUCAAGUGCAUCUCCGAGGACAUCCAGUCCAACGUCGUCGUCAUGGCCGACUACUCCAUCCUCUUCGAGGAGCACCCCAUCCGCCCCAAGGUCUCCGCCAAGGUGACAUCGCCUUUGGGAGACGUCCUGCAUCACGCCGACAAGGUUAGCCAUGGCCAGUUUGCCUUUACCACGGUGGAAUCUGGCAGUUACCUUGCCUGCUUCUGGACGGAGACUCUGGAGAAGGGAAUGGUGGUGAACCUUAACCUUGAUUGGAGAACGGGGAUCGCAGCAAAGGACUGGGACUCCAUUGCUAAGAAAGAGAAGCUUGAUGGUGUGGCACUAGAGCUUGUCAAGCUAGAAGUAGCUGCAAAAGCCAUCCAUGAAAACUUGCUCUACCUUAAAUUAAAAGAAGCAGACUUGCGAGACCUGAGUGAGUGGACACAAGUGAAGAUCACAUGGCUGAGCGUUAUAUGCCUCGCUAUCUGUAUUGGAGUCUCCAUUUUGCAAUUGUGGCGUCUCAAACAGUUCUUCCGAAAGAAUAAACUCAUCUAGAUAAUACUUCUACUGUAUAGUCUGAGGAAACAAGUUACAAGUACAGGCUUGAGAUGAUCUGGGAUUUUUGUUAGUGUCUGAAGCAAGUUUUGGGAUUACAUUUCAUAACAUUUCUGGCCUAACGCUUUAGCUACUGCUUGUGGAUUUUAGUAGAAGCAGAUAAUGAGUUACAUGCUCAUUCAUCCCACUGUUUGUGUGCAGCCCUUCUCCUUUGAUAAGGACUGCUUUUCCUUUGAUGUAUAUUGGAAACAUGAUCAACCACAUACUAUCACAGAAUAGACCAUUUGAAGGCUCACUUCAUUCAGAAGGAAUAUCAAAAUGCAGAUCAAUAGGUUUGCUUGACUUGGUUUGUUCAUCAGUUGUACCACUGCUAUGAAUAUCUAGAAUCUUUCAUUGAUGUGAUA